GGUGUUUCCGGGUUCCAGCAGCGCUUCCGGCGGAAGGGACGUGGCGGUGACGUCACCGCGGGUGGUCCGGAGGGUCCCGGAGCGGGAGCGCCCCGAUGAGCCCCGAUGCAGACGCGGCGCCGGGUGGGCUUUAGGCAGCGGGACCCGGGAGUUCACGCGGGGCCCCCCCCGAGCCCGGCGGGGCCCCCCCCGAGCCAGGCCGAGCCCCCCCCGCCCCCCCCGCCCGCCGACGUCAUGUCGUGUCGCGACAGGACCCAGGAGUACCUCUUCGCCUGCAAGUCCCUGCAGGGUCGCCAGGACGGGGGUCUCCAGCCCGGCAGAGCCCCCGGCCCGGGGCGGCAGCGCAGCGAGUUCAGCCUGAUGGCCAAGCGCAUCGGGAAGGACCUGAGCAACACCUUCGCCAAACUGGAGAAGCUCACGAUCCUGGCCAAGAGGAAAUCCCUGUUCGACGACAAGGCCGUGGAGAUCGAGGAGCUCACCUACAUCAUCCGCCAGGACAUCACCAGCCUGAACAAGCAGAUUGCUCAGCUGCAGGAGCUGCUCCGGGCCCGGGGGGGCCCCGGCGGGCGCCACGUCCACUCCCACUCCAACACCGUGGUGGUGUCGCUGCAGUCCAAACUGGCCUCGAUGUCCAACGACUUCAAGUCGGUGCUGGAGGUGCGGACGGAGAACCUGAAGCAGCAGCGGAGCCGUCGGGAACAUUUCUCCUCCCUGCCCGUCCCCCCCACCAACCUCGGGAGCCCCGUGGUGCUGCAGGACGAGCCCCCCCCCUCGGGGGCCGUGGCCAUCGAGAUGGACCCUCGGACCCACCAACAGCUGCAGCUGCUGGACGAGCAGGACUCCUAAAUCCAGAGCCGGGCGGACACGAUGCAGAACAUCGAGUCCACCAUCGUGGAGUUGGGCUCCAUCUUCCCGCAUCUCGCCCACAUGGUCAAGGAGUAGGAGGAGACCAUC